AUGUUUCGCCUAGCUCGCUCUAGCAUCCUCAGAUCGGCCAGACUAGCAUCUAGACCUAGCGUCCUUCGAGUGGCGCCCAAAAUACCAACUUCCUUUUCCUUCCCCAGGCCCCAGAUCAGAUGCCACUCCACAGACAAGUCGGCCACCAUCCAAGGCCAAAAGCCCGAGCUCAUGAUUGCAUUCACAUGCACCAAGUGUGACACGAGAUCGUCUCACGUCUUUCUGAAACAGUCAUACACGAACGGAACAGUCUUGAUUCAGUGUCCCGGGUGCAAGAACCGUCACUUGAUCGCCGACAACCUCAAGAUCUUCCGUGAUAACAACGUCAACUUGGAGGACAUUCUCAAGGCCAAGGGUGAGCUGUCCUUGAGGAAGACCAUUGGCCACCACGCCAAAGACGCUCCAGAGGAGUUCCAGAAGAAGUGGGAAAACAGUGACAACGGAUUGCCUCCCACGAAGGAGUAA